AUGGGUAUCGAAGUAUGGCGCCACCUUCCCGGCCAUGCACUGCUCGUUAUACUCAACCUGUUCAAUGCAACGGCAUUGAUUUUCGAGGGGUACAACCAAGGGGUUAUGGGUUCAGUCUCAAACAGACCCGGAUUUAUUGAUACAAUGAAAAUCGGUGCGAAUGGAGAUGUUCACGACACCACCAAGCAAGGGUUAACAAUUGUUCGCAGAGGAUUGGUAGCCGCCUACUACUUCGGAGCCAUGUUUGGCUGCUUUUUCGGCGGCAAGAUAGGUGACAAGCUCGGCCGCAAGAUGGGCGUCAUGAUUGGGGCGUGCUUCUGCAUCCUCGGCGCAGCACUCAUGGCUGGCGCGGUGAACUCCGACAUGUUCAUUUGCGCCAGAGUCAUCGCUGGUAUCGGCAUUGGAUUCAACAACGCGAUCGUGCCUCCAUGGACCUCGGAGCUGUCGCAAGCACACAACCGGGGCGCGAGCUUCGCGCUCGUCUUUACGGCCAACUUCGUUGGCAUCGUCAUCGCCUACUGGCUGAACUUUGGAGUCCAAGACUCUGGCUACACCUUCGAGUGGCGGUUUCCGCUCGGUUUCAUGGCUAUCCCCAUGGCCAUCGUCUUGUUCACCGUGUUUUUCCUCCCUGAGUCUCCGCGCUGGUUAGUCGCCAACGGCCACAGGGAUAUCGCCUUGGAAAUCCUGGCCAAGGUUCGUGGAGACCUCCAGCAUGACGAUCCCAAGCUGGUUGCAGAAAUGGAGCAGCUUGAGGCUGUCGUGGAAUCGUCCCACCACAAGCGGAACAGGUUGUGGAACAUCGCGACCGGCCGUUAUUCUGGCGCCCUGCACCUUGGCCGCCGCGCCUGGAUGGGCUUUUCCUUGCAGUUGAUUCAGCAGUGGACGGGUAUCCUGGCCGUUGCCACUUGGGCCGACGCGCUCUUCCAUCUGGCAGGCUUCGAUGACUACAAGUCCGCUUGGAUGGCUGGUCUUGUGAACACGUUUGGUAUUUUUGGUACCGCGGCUGCCGCCCUCGUAAUUGACCGUAUGGGAAGAAUUAAGAGCCUGAUGGCCUCAUUCGUCAUCCAAGGCAUCUCUCUCUUCAUGCUCGCUGCCUUCAUCCGCGUUAGCGAGACGUCAACGGGCGACCGCUCCAGGGACUUCGGUAUCGCUGCCGCUGUCAUGGUCUUUGUCUUCCUCUGGUUCUUCACUAUGUUCAACAUCGUCCCCUGCUGGAUUUACUCGACGGAGAUCUGGCCGCAAGAGAUCCGCGCCAAAGGUUACGCCUUCACCAUUCUCGGCUGGGCUAUUGGCUGCGGCGCCACCACCUUCGUCAUCCCUAUCAUGUUGGAUGAUCUUGGUUGGAAAACAUUUAUCUUCUUCGGCUGCAUGAACAUCAUUGCUAUGCCUAUAGUCUGGUUCUUGUACCCCGAAGUCGCCGGUCGCACGCUUGAGGAGGUCAACCUGCUCUUCGCUGCCGACUCUCCGUUGGUGGCAGCCAAUUACAGGGAGUACCAGCGCCGCCUUCAUGAGGCGUGGGGUAACGUUGCCCUCGCUGAGCGCAACCUGCUGGAUGAGGUUGAUGAGAAAGUUUCGGAAGUGGAUCUUAGGCGAGGUUCUGUCGUGGAGAAAACCCCCAUGCCGAACGGUGAGCACAGUGACGCUAAGUUUGUGUAA